AUGUCGUCCUACAGUGGCAUCCUGACGGCUAUGCUCACAGUGCCCCGCGUCACCAUCCCCAUCGACUCCCUGCGGGACCUCGUGAGCCAGUCGUGGAUGCCCUGGCGACUGGAAUCAGGGUCAUGGAUGUUGCAGUACUUCAGGGAGUCACCAGAAGGAGUGUCUCGGGAUGUGUACGAGGGUUACGAGGGAACCAUAGUUGACUGCUGGGCUGCACGGGAACCCAUCGCGCGUGGCCUCUACGCCGGCAUCUGUGACCACACCACCAUGAAGAAGGCCAUGUCGUGGGACUUCAGCACCACCGGCAGCUGUCACCUGUACAUCGCUCACGAGGUGGUAUUCAGCUUCAACCUGGCCGUCGCCUUCAGGACAAAGUCGUCCUACAGAGAGGCAGCCAACUACUGGAUCAUGAAGCUGAAGGAAGCCGGAGUGAUAGACAUGUGGCUGAAGAACGAGAUAGUCAACACCUCACAGUGCCUCAAGUCGCCCUCCACUGACAGACCUUCCAGCCAAAUUUUUGCUCUAGACCUGGACUCCUACAUAGGCUCCUUUUUAGUGCUCGUCACUGGCAUGCUUUUGGCGCUGUUGUCCUUCAUGAUGGAAAUACUGACAAAGGAGUGCCAACGCAAUGAACAGAGACCGGAAUGACUUGAAAGAUAGGGGACUUGGAAUCUCUUUCCUCGCCACUCUGCCCAAUGCAUCGCCGUUCACUCGAAACACUUACUACUUGUUUCAAUUUUGUGUUGGAUUCAGCAUGUAAAAAAAAUGCAUUACUCCAUUAAAGUCAGCUGCAA